AGCGGAGUCUUCGCCCUCACCCUCGGCCUCAUCCUGGUCACCAGCGGCCUCUUCUUCGCCUUCGACUGCCCCUUCCUUGCCAGACACCUGACCCUGGCCAUCCCCAUCAUCGCAGCCGUCCUCUUCUUCUUCGUCAUCAGCUGCCUGCUCCAGACAAGCUUCAGAGACCCCGGGAUCCUGCCCAGAGCCACCCCCAGCGAGGCCGCAGACCUGGAAAGGCGGAUUGACAGCAUGGGCACCUCCACCUACCGCCCGCCGGCCCGCACGAUGGAAGUGGUCAUCAACAAGUACGUGGUGAAACUCAAGUACUGCUACACCUGCAAGAUGUUCCGUCCUCCGCGCACCUCUCACUGCAGCGUCUGCGACAACUGUGUGGAGAGGUUCGACCACCACUGCCCCUGGGUGGGCAACUGCGUGGGGAAGCGCAACUAUCGCUACUUCUAUGCCUUCAUCCUCUCCCUCUCCUUCCUGACAGCCUUCAUCUUCGCCUGCGUCGUUACCCACCUCACCCUGCGCUCUCAGAGAGACGGAUUCCUCGCCACUCUGAAGACGACGCCUGCCAGUGUGCUGGAGCUGGUGAUCUGUUUUUUCUCAGUCUGGUCUAUUUUGGGCCUCUCAGGUUUUCACACUUACUUGGUCGCCUCCAACCUGACAACGAACGAAGACAUCAAAGGGUCCUGGUCAAAUAAGAGGGGCUCAGAGUUUGCCAAUCCCUACAGCCAUAAAAGUAUCCUCACAAACUGCUGUGCGGUGCUGUGCGGACCCUUCCAUCCCAGUUUGAUAGACAGAAGAGGAUUUAUCCAGCCGGAUGUCGGGACCCCGUCCAGUCCGAAGAGCGAAAUCCCAUCCUUUGGAGCCAAAACUGACACCAGCAUGGUAGGAGGCAUUCCCUAGCAGUGCUGUGACGUAGCCCAGUGCCUGCCGUGCCUGCAUCUCGCUCCAGCCAGAACCUUCCCCUCUCACCACCUCCCCGGCCUCAGGCAGGACAGCCCUGCGAUGCAGAGCUGCCAAAGACUCAGCUGAGCCAUACGUUGCCUUUUUUUUCCCUUUAAAGUUAUUUAUUUUUUU